AACUAAAUUUUUAAUGACGUUGCCGCGGGUUGAUUGAGUGUUCGUGCUGUGUUAGUUUUUGUUUUUAAAAAAAAAAAAUUACAAUCAACAGCAGAAACGGAAGAUAACACAUAAAUUUUGAGAUUACCUAGGUUUUUAUUGUUUGUUGAACUAAAAGAAUUUGUGAUGUUUUUAUUUUGUGUCAACAAGUUAGCAUCCUGAAUUGAAAGUUUGAAUGAAACAAGGCCGCUACCCGAUCUUUCUACGCGUUGCGUCGUGUGAAACGUCGGAACGAAGGAAAAAUUGAUGGCAAGCGAACUAUUAAACAAUGGAAUGGAUCUCGGAGACAAUCCCACAAGUUCAAUAGCUAGAAAAUAAGCGCGAGAAAAGAAAAAAAAACGACUUGAAAAGUUGAGAAUAUGUGACACAACGCCAUCUAGCGAACGUAUCAGUAACUGUUUGGUGAAAAGUGUAUCGAUUUAAAAAAAAAAUGAAGCUCAAUCUAUUCAAGAGGUCCAUGAUAUUCGCUACGUUUUUCGGUUCGUGUCUGUGUAUAGCUUUGAUCGUGGGAUCGUUGGGCACGACUCAUUGGGUCGAUGCGAGAGCGAGAAAGACUUCCUUCCCCCUAAAGACUGACGGCAGAAUCAAUUUCGGCCUCUUCGAGGGCCACAGGGAGUUGAACGUCACUUACGGCCGGAGGAAUUAUGAUAUAAGUGUGAAAGCCGGUAAUCAUCCAGCACGUCGCUGGGCGUGGUGUGGCACAGCGGCGCUGUUGGGCGCAGCCUUGCUCUGUUCGGGCGGGUCGUGUGUAUUAGCGGCACUAGGGUCUGCGGCCCGCACGAGAUGUUCCCCCAAGCCUCUCCUAGUUGGGAACACGUUGGCUGUGCUGUUCACCCUCGGAGCCAUAGCUGUGUGGCUGACGGAAUACUUCCUGAGGCUGCAGCACAACGUCAUGUCGGACGCUGACCUCGCCCAAACCUGGUCCUCUGAAGGCAUGGCGGAUCUGGGUAUCUCUUUCUGGUUGGUCGUUGCGGCCGCCAUAGCCGCCUUCGUCAAUGACGUCUGCAUACUGAUAGCCACCGCCGACGGACGGGACGCCGACACGAUAGCACCAGCACUAGAGGAAAAAGUCAACGGAGCCAUCAUGCUUUAUUAACAAGCCCUUAAUACACAAUUCAGUAGGCGGACAUACUUUUUGGCGGGAACGCGAGCAGUGAAGUUGUGUGAUUUGUUUUAUUUUGUCUAUUUAGUGUCUCUUCGGACUUAAAUAUGUAAUAACGGUGGUUUA